AUGGUGGGUGCACAAGCUUCCGUCCCUUCAAUUGAAAAGACCAAGGGACACCUAGACGUGGAAAGUGUUUUUAAUGAGGAUCAGAUAUUUUCAAAGUAUACAAACAUUCAAAAAACAUCGCCCCUCUUGGCAAGUAAGUAUUCCAACAGCUCUACUUCCUUAAUGGACCCGCCGAUGUUAACAGGUGCUCAUCAAUAUUUGUAUGAGGAACAUUUCAAUAAGAUAUUUAUUUGUAAGCCAAAAGAGCCAAGCAUAUCCUGUGGCUUUAGGCCAACUUUUUCGGUCACCCCAAGCCCAGAAAGCCCUCCAAACUCGCCGAAACACGAUUCCUUUCGGAAAGAAGACCCAUUAGUGACCCCUUCCGCUGAAGCUUCCGUUUUCUCUUUAGACCAGACAUGUCCUCAUUCUGGGCUGUUUGAAACAAUCUCCAACCCUUCACAGAUAUCAAAGUGCCCCUCUCUAACGCUUCGGACACGAAGCAUGGACUAUCCAAGUGUUAUCGCUCGUCGAAAAAGUACCAUCAAUGCUGCUUGCGAGGAGCUCCGCGAGCUUCUAGAGUUGCCAAAAACUACGUCCAAAAUCGAUACCCUGCAACACGUUAUCCAACUAAUUGCCGCCCAUAAGAAGAGAAAAACCCGAUCAGACACCGAAUAG